GCACAAUAUACCAGUUAACAUUCAAAACCAUUAAUUUUAAUUUUGUAUAUAUCACAGCGACAUGGAAUCUCAAUAUGAUAGGAAUUCUAAUAAUUUAGCUGAAUAUUUCGUUGUUGCAGGGCUUCCAGAAAAAGAUCCAGAGUUAUUGGAAAACUGUAUUCCAGCUGAGAUGGAACCACCACAGGAAUUUAAAUCAAUUCCUCCUAUAAUUGAAUUGGCUAUAAUAUUUAGAAGCCUGGGAGAAGAACCACCUCCAGGUUUUGUUGUUAUUGAAAACACUCCCACAGGGUAUCCCGCAGAUUUAAAUCACGGAAGUUUAAGAAGUCCAAAUGUAUAUCUUUGUUAUAAAAGGGGACGAGAAAAACCUCCAAUAGUUGAUAUAGGAGUGAUGUACGAGGGCAAAGAAAGAGUCAUGCCCGGCUGUGAAAUCCUAUUGUAUUCCCCUUAUGGCCGACCAGCCAAUGUUAACAACAGCGGGGCCAGGACCUACAUAACGUACAGGAGAGCGUACGUAUCGGCGUCUCCCAACGAACUUACAGUAUCCGACAUUUGCGUCGUUUUGUUAAACAAAGGCGAAAGACCUCCUCACGCAUUCAUGCUUAUUAAUAAGAACCUUAAUAAAGGAAUGGUCGGAUCUGAUGUAUUUAUAUGUUACAAAAAAUCUAUGUCUAAAACGAAUUUGAUAUCCUAUAAACCUGCUUUGUUAAGCAGAUACCCGGAGACAAAUUUAAACGAUUAUCUCUUGCCUGACAUAACACCUUUAUUUUGUCUCCCCAUGGGGGCCACUCUCGAAAAAUGGGAUGAUAAUACCAAAAUACCGGAUCCACUAUUUUCGACCUUCGUUCUCACCAAUUAUUUGGCCAUUAAAGCAUACGGAGCGGCUAUAGUCUUCUACGAACCCUACGACAUUGAAAAACUGAGUCAUGAUCAGAGGCAACGACUUAUGAUCGACGAUUCUUCUAACCUUAGGACAAAGAUACCCUUAAAUAGCGAUUUAAGUUCGAAACCAUCGAACAAAGAACUUUUCAAAUCCUGUAACGGUGGCAAUGAGGAUGUAAAUCAGUAUAUUGACGAAAAUAUCGACUCCGAUUAUUCUAACCGAGUUCUCAAAAGUGACAGUCCCUUCUACAAUGGAGACAUUGUAGCGAACGAUUACAACAAAACUGAUUUCCCCGAUUUAAGUUCAGAGUCAGAAAAUGAAAAAAAAAUAAACCAACAGAAGAACCAAAGAGUUAUCGUUUAUAGUAACAAAGCUAUAAGCAUAGUGUCCAAAUGGCCACUUUUUACUAUCUUCAAGAAAUUUUUGCACUUUUUAUACAACGUGACUUUGAGUGGCUCUUCCAAGAUACCUAUCGAAAGAUACAUAUCAUUUUUCAUGCACAAAAUACCCUUCCCGUCACAAAGUAGACCUCAAAUACUUGUUCAGUUGCCUUUUAACACAACCCUCUCCCUGAUCCAAACCUUCAACAUCCCUAUGGGAAUCACCGGGGCCUCUUUCGUUGCCCUCAUUCAAAACUUGAGCUCGGAUAAUAUUUUGAACUUGAUGUGCGCCAUCUUGCUCGAAAAUAAAAUAUUGUUACAUUCGCUAAGACCCUCCGUUUUAACAGGGGUAGGAGAAGCCUUGAGAAUGUUAAUAUUCCCGCUUCAAUGGCAAUGCUCGUAUAUUCCGCUAUGCCCUAUACUAUUAUCUCAAGUACUAAACGCACCCGUUCCUUAUAUUAUAGGAGUUGACUCUAGAUAUUUCGAAAUGUUUCAACAUUCUCCUAUGGAUGCCGUUACCGUAGAUUUGGAUACUAACACACUAAUCAUCCCUGAACACAAAAAAAUUAUCAUCAAUUCCAAAAAUUUACCGAAAAAAUCUUGCAAAAUAAUGAGACACGCCCACUUCAAAAUCAUGGAAUACCUCGAGGUAAACCCCGAAAUUAUUUCCACUCGAUUUAUCAAGUCCCGCCGAAAUUCUUUGAUUGACGAUGACUUUAAACGCGUCAAAUUACAAGAAGUGAUCGAAAGGUCAAUUCAGGAUACGUUUCUAAGGUUUAUGGCCUGCCUACUCAAGGGUUACCAGAGAUAUUUAAUGCCCUUAACCAAAACUCCCAAUCAAGCUGGUUACGAAGUCAAACACCUAUUCGAUUUUGGAGGUUUCUUGAGGUCUAGAGACCGAUCUUGUCUUCCUUUCUUCACUGGCGUGACUGAGACCCAAAUGUUUUGUCAAUUUAUCCAGGAUAGAUCGUUCGUCACUACUAAGGACAGCCAUUUAACCUUUUUCGAUGAGAUAUCUGAAAGGGUUGAUCCAUCUGCCGAUAAAGACGAUCAAAGUUUUUUGCGGGAUAUGAAUGACGAAACCUUAAAUAGCGAUUACACCGUGUAUAUACCUCCUCCGGACACCAUCGGUUUGCCUCAAGGGAUGAUUUAUAAAUAUACCAAAUUUCCCGAGCUAGACCCCACAUUAUUCUACUUACCCGAUCUUAUUGAUUCUGAAACAAGUACCUCAAAUUUAAUUAAACAAGAUGGCGCUAGAGAACCGCCUGAGAGCCCUAUCGAUGAAUUUGGUAGUAACGUGGCGAUACCUCCUAAACACCCAUCCUUGCAAUCUACAACACCUUUAAGUAGCAAUUGGUCUUCGAAUAAUAGAUUCAACGAGAAUUCUUGUACAUCUUCACCUUGCAAAGGCAGCCCUCUAAUAACUCGGACGAAACAAGAGAUUAAGUCUGGAAAAAAAAUAGCGCAAAUCAAUUUUGACAACCCCGUUUUUAAAGCUAGGUUCUUGUUAAAUUCCUGUUUUUCCAUAUGGUUCUUGUAUCUACCGGCCUACGUUAAAUUUUGUCAGAAUAAACGCAAGGCUCUAUACUGCGCUUUGGAAAUUUUGACUCAAAUUCCCAAAACUGGAAUAAAGUUUCCUAACGAAUUAUGCUAUCGUAUAUUGUUACAAUUAUGCGGUAUUUACAACGAGUCCCUGAUAGCUGUAAGAGUGUUGAAAGAGAUGCGGAGAUUAGGAUUGCACCCCAACGCUGUCACAUAUGGAUAUUAUAAUAAAGCUGUCUUCGAAAGCGACUCAAAUUCCACCAAUCUAUCGGCACAAAUCUCCUGGGCUAAGAUAAAGAACGUAGUCAUAGCAUGCGGCCAUUUCAAAAGGAGCUGCCCUUAUUUUUACACUUAUUCCAGGAGAACCUUUGAUUUGAUUAAGAACAAUAAAUCAAACAUUAAUAUUGCUUACGGUAAAGGUGUAGAUAAUAAUAAACAAUACGAUAAUACUGACGGCACAUAUAAACACAGGAAGCAAAUCAGAAAUAUUACGGCUUCUUACAAUGGUGGGCAGAUGGAAAUUUCGGGUUAUUAUUCAGAACCAGAAGUGACAAUUCCACGCCCCAAGAUACAAGCUUUUAAUUCAGAACCAAACCUGAGCAACAUUAAACAGGAUAUAUGUGUUAUAUCUUCCUCUGAGAAGUCCCAGCCUGGAAAUGACUUAACCCCCGCCGAUCACCCCAAUAUUUCUACUACUUUUUCCAAUAUUUCCAAAACUCCGCCAAUCCGAAAAUCCAAUACCGAAUCUCCCAUCGCAAAAAUGCUUUCCCGGCGUUUAGACAGCUUCCUCACGAAACUCGAUAAUGCUUUAUUGGUUCACUAUCCUCCCUCCUUGUCAUCCUCCAAUAGUCUCUUGAAUAGCAAUGCGGAUAUUCCAAAUACUUCGAUCGUUUUAAAUAAUAAUACGAUGUCAAACAUAUCAAAUGUUACGACAGAUGUGACAACUCAUAAUAACUCGUUUUCUUUACCACCUUCUGAUAAUUUUAACGCUAGCGUCAAUAAGACACCAUUUUCUCGUCACCGACUAUCUUUGCCGCAAGAUGGAUCGUGGGCAAGUAAACUCAGUAUGAACAGCAGCAACGCACCUUAUGAUAAAUUGAGCGACAAUAUACGCCAUACCAAUCAGUCCCAUAUAAUCCCAGAUAACCCAACGACCGCCCUUAUGAAAUCCGCGGCGGGUCUUGUGGGAGACAAGAUAAAAAAAUUUAUAGCUACAGCAUCGGACCAAUACUUUAUCGCGGAUCAUCACAAAACGGAUUAUAUUCCAGAUAACAAAUCAAUCCCCGAGAAUCAAUGUAAUAAAUACAGUGCGAAUAGUAGUAAACCCUCUUUCUUCCUGGCCGAUAGGGUAAUGUGGGCGGAUUAUUCCGCCUUUUAUCAAGGCCACAUUGAAGCAGCAUUGGCUAAACAUCCCAAUUAUAAAAGCGAAGACGAACAACGCGAAUUUGCAAUUCGUUCCAGUGAUAAUUAUAGUGACGAUGUAUCACUCAAUUUUGACACAAAUGCUGAAAAUGUAUCCAUAUCCAACCAAAACAUAAGCUGCUACUCUAAACCACUACAAUCGAUGGGUAACGAAAAUCUAUGGGAUCUAGAAAAAUUCGAGGGUUCUAAACUACAUAAACUCGACAAAAAUAAUCCUUACUUACUUUCCAUAUUGAAAGAAUUGGUUUUACAAUCUGGAAAUGUCGAUAGCUUGACCACCGCGGUUAACGAAAGAUAUUUUCGUUCAGAUGAGAGGGAUGGGCAGACGGGGAAACAUGUUGUCGGACCAACCAAACUCAAAUCCUUGUCUCACCUUCAAUUAUCCGCCAUGCAGGAAUUGAUAGCCCCUAAUUUAAAUAUUUCGAAUAAUUCCCCAAUUCGUAAAAUAGAUCAAUUAAAACCAGUUUCAACUGAUCCUAAGCUAAAUGGCAAAAAUAGUCACAAAAGGACUUUAUCAUAUCAGAAUUAUAUGACUUUCGGGUCGGAGCGAUUGAAUAGAGCGAAUUCCUGCCGAUUUUCUUCAUCCAUUUCCAGUAUUAUCAAUAAGGAAGCUGGUUUGAGUAUUAUAAAUGGCAAUGACCGCCUUAAAAGCGAGCGGAAAGUGCCGAUAAAGAAAGUAAACAGGAUAACUAUGUCAACUUGUAUGGCCUGCCCGCAUUGCCAUCUCCUUAUAUACGAUGAAGAUAUUAUCAUGGGAUGGUAUCCGGAUGAAUCCAACCUUAAUACCAAAUGCCGUUAUUGUAAAAAAAACUUUGUACCCACUAUUCGAAUCACUCUCAAAGAAGUAGACUAUUCCAAAAUAAAACAAAAUAUAACUUUCCUUCGUAAAUUCGAUCGCCUCCAAUCUGCCAAGAGGCAAUUGUCUCAAGAUAAAAGCAUGGGAUCUCGUUCUAGCUCUAAUUUAUGCGAUGGAAGCGAAUCGCUAUCUCGCCAUUCCUUAUCUAAAAAUCAAUCAUCUUCGACCGCUUCCCAACAAUUCGCUUCCUACCUUUCAUCCUUCACUGAGACUACUCAAAAUAUCCAUAAUCUAAUAUCCCUUACAGAAUAUAUUUGUGGUGCCAUCAAAGGUUCCGAUAAAGAAUUGAAUGACACACAAAAAAUAGAUCAUUCUAAGGAAAAGGAGAAGGUUCAAAAUGAUAAAAAUACAAAGGCCGAUUCUUCUUCUUGCAUUCGCAAUGGAACAGAAGCAAAGGACGUCUCAGAUCAAGCUAAAUCUAAGUUUAAAGUUUUAAACACCCCAAACUUGCAACCAUACCUAAGCCCCCUUGUACUUCAAAAAGAGCUAGAAAACAUACUUGAACACGAAGGUAACGAGGAGUGCUUGCUAGACCCUUCCUUUGUUGAUCACCACGCCUGUGUGUAUUGGAAUCUACUUUGGUACUUUAAUCGCUUCAAACUGCCGUCUUUCCUGUCCGAUUUAACCCUGAAACAUUGUUUCCGCGCAUGGGGUGAUUUUAAUGAUAAUGAAUUUAACGAUAAAAAUGAAACAAUGGACGUAACUGUAAAGGAUAAAUUGGAAGAGAGGGAAACGGAAAAUAUUAGCAGCGAUAUAUCAAUAGGGGGUGAUAAUGGAUCCCUAGGCGGUAAAAAUGGUAAUCUUGCUUUCAAGCAAGUAUCCCUCAUCUCUGACAUGAUAAAAAACUUUGAUGAUAGUUAUAAUACCGGUGGAAAAGAUACCAUAAAUCAAAGGUUUCUUAACAAUGAUGAUAACGAAAUAUUUGCCAUGAAUAUUCCAGAAGCCGAAAUAAAUAUAUUUAAAAAUAAUCCAUCAUCAUCAUCGCUUGAUAAUAUAUCCAUUAACGUAAUUAGCGAUGAAUCACAAAAGCAGAUUCCCCUCGAGAUUCUGGCUUUAUGGGACGAUUUGGAUCUUUACAUUCGAGAAAAUACCAAAAUACCACUUUAUCUGCAUCAAUAUUUAUAUCAAAAUGAACUCCACGAUAUUCUAAAAUCUAUAACCUCGUAUCCCCUGCACACCAUAGUCGAUGAAAGGGAUAUAACUCAAUGUUUAGAAGCUAUUUCAAAAAACGAUCUAUUUAUGGCCCUCCUACCUAUCUUAUUCCGGCUCAAAAAUGAAGGAGGACCUAACAUUUCGAAUACUUCCAAAAAUUUUAAUCAUCAAAUCAAGAGGCUGGGGCUCUAUAGAGAGAUUCUCUGGCUAUCCUUGCUCCUACACAACAAAUUAAAUUACGAGGCCUUUGAUUACGAAUACAAGCGCGCGUUUAACAAAAUUAAACACGAAUUUUCCGACCUUUUACAACCCGAUGAUAUGCUAAAUAUUGAAAAUAUUUUCGUGUUUCAAAAAUAUUUUUGCAAAGUUUUAUGUUUAUGAUCCAAAUUAAAAAAAAAUAACUCUUUUAAAAAAAUAAUUUGUAUUUAUUUAUUAGUUUAAUUUUGAAGGAAAAUUAUUUAUAAUUUAAUAUUUUAAAUGACAUUUUAAAAUUAAAACCAAAAAAUUCCUUUUUUUUGUAUAAUCAACCAUUAUUAAUUUUAUAGUAAAUUAAUGUUCAAAGCAAUUAUUAUCUUUAUAACUUAUAUAAGAUGUUUGUAAUUAUGAUUUAAAAAUUAUUUUGUAAAAAUGCAACUUCGCGUCAUUAUGAG